AUGAGUUCCCUGUACCAUAUAAACGAUGAAACAAAGAAGAGAAUCAACAAGUUCAGAACUGCAACAGCACGUUCAGAUGAGUUGCAAGUGCUUGUUAUCAAAAUUCAACCGAAACCGUCCUAUGAGAUCGUUAUAGACGACGAUGACGAAGAUCAGUCCGAUGUCUCUAGCCUCGAGGAUCUCGGUUCCACACUCCCCGAUAGCACUCCACGGUACGUUCUGAUGUCAUAUCCAAUGGUCACAAGCGAUGGCAGAAAACAGACACCAUUGGUUUUGCUUUACUGGAAACCUACCACAGUAGUCUCGCAGGAAUGGAAAAUGCUUUAUGCCGGGGCAUUCGAAAUGGUGCGGACCCAGUGCGGCGUAAGUAAAGUCAUUGAGGUCUCCUCGGGGCUCGAGGAUGACGACGAUGUUGACGAUCUAAAGGCUGAAAUUGAGAGCAAAUAA